AUGAACACGCCUUCCAUGUCACUUCCCAUGUCCUCCGUCGGCUCCCUGCCCGCCAGUCUCAUGUCACCUGCGGCGGCGUAUCUUGGUCCCUCCCUCGGAGCAAGUCAACAAGUCGGACAGUCAUCGAGCAGCCUGACCAGCGCCGUUUCCGCCCAAUUGCUUCGUUCGUCUGACAAGUCUUAUCUUAACAACGUGACCUCUCCCAGCGUCGGCGGUGGUGAUUCGGCACAACCGAUGCUGCAAAAGUGCGAAGUCCACAUCAUGGACGGCCAUAUAGAAGAGCUAUCUGUUGAGCCAACAAUUCAAGCAGCAGCACUAUUCGAAAUGGUCGCCCAGCGGGUCGGUCUGGUCGAUCCAAUCUUUUUUGGCUUAAAGUACCGGCGCUUCGACGGAGAAUUCGUGUGGGUCGAGCUCACCAAGCUGGCUCAGGAGCAUAGUUGGACGGAUUCCAAGCAACCGCGGUCUCGGCGUGCUGUUCGGACACCAGACGCGAGCGCCGCGACAGCAAGCAACGCGUCUUCCCCGACCUCUGUCGAUAGCGCUGUGCUUCCUGGCACGUCAUCUAUGAACGAUCUUGUAUGGCUGUUCCAUCUAGAGGUCAAGUGCUACCCGUUGCAACCGCUUUCGGUCGAAGUGCAGUCACGGCAUCUCAUUUUUCUGCAACUACGAACGGCCCUGUCCUCCGGCGACCUGAUCUGUUGGAGUGAGGAGCAGUGCUACACGAUCUCCUCCUUGUUGAUCCAAGCCGAGCGCAGUGACUACUACCGAGGCUUUCCAGUCGCCUAUCUGCGCGAUCCCCGACUCUCGCCAAAAUUGUACCUUGACGCGUCAGGCCAUCCUGUUCCGUUCGAAGCCAGAUUGGAGCAGCUCAGCAGCCGACACGCUCAACUGGUCGGCACUACUCCCCGCGCGGCAGAAGACUCGGUGCUCCAGACAGUAUCGUCGUUCCCCAACUACGGCCACGAGUUUCACGCGGACGUUGGCGCGGCGGGAUCAGCGCGGGAUCCAGCAACUCGUCCGCUCACGUUGGGCAUUCGCCUGCAAGGCUUGAGCCUGUUUCCGGCAGGAAACGCUUCCACGCCAAUCUCGCAGUUCCACUGGCGGGAGAUUCAGCAAAUCGAGCAGCGCAAGGAUCUGCUGGUGAUCGAGUGCUCGGGAUUGUCAGCGUCGCAGGGCAGUCGCCUCUCCCUCGCCUGCCGCGAUCGACGGACUGCAAAGCUCCUGCUGCGAUCUUGCAUCGACCAGAAUCUACUGUGUCGCUUGUUUGACAUGAAAGACGCGCCAUCGCCUCGCACGCACCCAGCUCCAAGUCACCCUCAUCAUUCUCGCCAACAGCAGUCCAGCCUUUUGGUGGCAGGCCCUUCAUCUUCCUCACAAUCUCAAGCAUCGCCAAGCCAGUCGCAGCAUCAGCAUCAGCAUCAGCAGCAGCAGCAGCAGCAGCAGCAGUUGACACCGUCGGCCUUCUUUGAGGCAAACAUGGUUGCAGAUGCCAACCACCACGGCAGCACGGGCUGGCUCGAGGUCGAGCUCAUCACUGGCCACCACAUGCAUCUCAUGGCAACCCCGAGAGGCAUUGAGAUAUGCACACCGCAGGCGCUCGCUUCCGCUCGUACUCGAAACGCUGCAUUCGACCCCGACACAGCCAUGCCGCCACUCACCGCCAUCCCAUGGAAUGAAGUUGUGUCGUUUCAUCUGAUCAACCCCGAACUCGGGACCUUUGAGAUUGCUGGUCUACGCGACGCCCCGCAGCAGCUAGCAGAACCUGCAUCAUCCCCUGGAGUGGUUGUUGAAACUGUCAGCAUUAUUCUCCAUCUGGUCAAUGUCGACGCUUCGACCGCUUUGCUUCAAUCUGUCAUUGAGGUCCAUCGUGGUCAAAUGUGGGACCCUGUCUCUCACUCAAAACUAGCAUUUUCAGUCCAGGGUCAACUUGCUCGACUGGCUAAGAGUUUGACUCGUAUUUUGUUGGUACAAUCGCAAGCACCCAGCAUGAUGCAUGCAGUCUUUUCUCCCGGCAAUGGUCCUUUCAGUCCACCGCGGUCAACAGCCACGCCCGACCAGAGCGUCCUUCCGGCGCCGCCAAGUUUGCCAUUUUCUCCAGCCGACAGCGCGACCGCGCCCUCCCCGUCCCCUUCGCUCGUCCAAGGAUCUGCGGUCGCGACUGUCGAUUCCGCCGAAGCAAGAAAAGGAUUGUCAGUGGAUGGGGUUGUCAGGCAUCCGUCAUUGCCGUCGUACGAGACUGUAACCACAACGACGGAGCGAAGACAAGCAGAGCAGCAGCAGCAGCAGCAGGUAGGAGCGGACACGACGCAGUACGCAUCCCAUGACGAUCCAUCAUCAUCGGGACCGGCUGCAAGUGAUGGACAACAAAAUGGACACAAGCGGCUGGGCUCUGAGGCGUUCGCCGACGACCCAGAUUCCUUGCAGCCUGCACCACCUCCGCGGUAUUCGUCGCUUGAUGAUGCAACGGGCCGUUCUGUCAAUGUAGGGUCGCGGCUUGAUCCACCAUCAACUUCUCGGCUUCAUCAAGAGACCCGAUGGGCGCCUCCUUCGUUUCACCCAAUUCCGCAUCCGGGACAACUAUACGCAAACUCCAUGAUGUCUCGCGCCCUCCCAUCCUACGCGCAGCUCCAACAGCAACAGUACCAGCAGCAACAGCAGCUGCAGAUGCAAUCGCCGCCUGGAUACGCAUCCCCGGGCUACAACCGCCCGCUGCCACCACCCCGUCCUGCGCCUCCGCCGUACUCUGCUGUGGCUUCGGCCUCGUCACCAGCAGUGCAUUAUUCUACCAUCCCUCGAGUAGCGCCCCCUCAGUACAUGAUGCUAUUUCCCCCAGGAGACUCUUCCUCGCCACAGUACGCAGCCACCCCGGCACCCCCGAGUUACCACAGCGACCACAUGACCGUGGGCUAUGCAUCUCGCCCGCCGCCAAUGUACGGCGUGCCAAUGCUCCCGUACGGUCAGUAUUCCGGACUAUCGGCCUACGGGACGCCAAUGCCUUACCCUGGCAGCCCCAUGGCCUCGUGGAAUCUUGCCAGCAAUUCACCUGGCGGAAGCCACCUUCAAUCGGGAGCGUGGGUCCCCAGCUCUAUGAUUUACCCAAGCGCAGCAACCCCGAUGCCAAUGACUCCGCUGGCACCUCUGGACCCACCCAGCAAUGGCUCGGAAUCAUCCAACAUCCACGGCCGUGGGCCGUCCAUCGGCGGUACGAGCGGGCUGGCUGACUCACCGGCGGAUGUCAAGCCGGCGAAAGGACGAUCUCGCAAAAAGAAAACGGCUGCCAAGCAGCCUGACGCACCGUCAACCAACGCGCAGUCGGGCGCUUCCGUUGCAGACCAACACGGACACUCGUCGAUCACGCCUGUCGCUGGUGCUGGUGCAGACCUUGGUCAAUCGUCCAUCACGCCUGGCGAUGGUGCUGCUGGCGCUGGUGCUGCCGUUGAAGGCGCCACUGACGACAACCCCGGCACCACUGCCAAUCCCCUCGGCCCCCGGCGUCGCGGACGACCCACCAAACUUGCCAAGGCUGCGCGCGAUGCAGCGCUUGCUGCCGCUGCAGAACAGGCCGCCAUCGUGGCAUCCCAACUCGCUGACGAGGCAGACGCUUCGGCCGACGAGGAGCAAGGCGGCAACGCCAUCGCAUCCGACUCUCCAGCGGGCCAGGAUUUGCCCGCGAGUCAGCCAGCUCCGCGCAAAUCCAGGGCCAAUGCUGCUGCCACAGUCCUCAAUGUCAUCACAGGCCAGCCCGUUGUCGUCGUACCCUGCGAAGACUCUGCAGGCGUCAAGCGCUUCCCUUGCCCUCACUGCGAAAUCAUGGCCAGCACAAUGGCCCACCUGCGUGCCCACAUGCGCAGUCACAGCGGUGAGCGUCCGUUUGCUUGCGCCCACGAUGGCUGCGGCCGCCGCUUCCUGCGACGAGAAGAGCUGAUUCGCCACCUCCGAUCGCACACAAACGAGCGACCGUUCAAGUGCAGCAUUUGCACCCGACCUUUCACGCGGUCCGACCAUCUUGCCAAGCACAUGGGCACCCAUGCAGACGUCAACGAAUUUGUCUGCAAAGUGGAAACUUGCAAGAAGGCGAUGGCGAAGGUUGAGACGCUGGUCAAACAUCUGCAGUUGCACAUGUCGGAAGUUCCAAAUUCCAAGGUCGCGCCCGCACAUCUGUAUGCUGUCUGCAUCACAGCUGCCGCCCAGCUUUCCGGCACUGGCAUCGAGGAACUCCGUCAGUCCCGCGAGUCGGGAGGCACGGCGCACCGCUUUAGCCGCGCCCACGACACGAGCGUGGUGACGCAGCAGGAUGUGACCGAGUUUUUAGCCCAAUGGAAUGAAGACCGUCGCGUGGCCAUUGAGCAGCAUGCGCAACUGCUCGCAGCGCGUCCCAGCAAGCCGCUGGCUACCGCCGGCGCUGCAAAUACGGAAGAAGACGACAGAACUGACAGUGAUCCUGGCAACGACGUCAACGCUACGGCCUCCGACUCUGCGACCGACGCUGAAGAUGCUAACGAGAGUUGAGCCAAGUUCUGAGGAUUUCCUUGUGCCUCGAACGGCAAAACGAUUCUCCGCGUGGAAUGUUUUGCUGUUGCUUUUGAUGGAUUGUCUGUUGUGUAUCUUUGUGUCUGUCUGGAAUGCUGCCCGUUAUCGACAUUAAUUUAUAGAUUUGAAUUCAUUCGUGG